AUGAUCACCCAGACUUUCUUUUACUUUUCGUCGUACAGAAAGGAUCCUUCGUGGAUAAAGGCUUAUGUCGCGGUUCUGCUUCUCAACGACACGUUGAACACUGUCUUCAACACAUGGUGGAUCUACGACGUACUCAUCAACAACUUUGGUAACGUCGAGGCGUUAGGUAAAGGCAAUUGGCUAUUCGAGACAGAGGAAGCUAUGGCGGGCAUUAUUGCUAUGCAAGUGCAGUUCUUUUAUGCCUGGCGCAUCAAGACGCUCACGAGGAGCUGGUGGCCCGCCAUCCUGGUUAUCGUCCCUUCGGUUGUCGGCGGACCGGCGGAAACGGACGGAGUUCCACGCACGAACCAAAUGCUCUCGAGACUGGUGCAGCUGAUCAUGUCAAAUGGCCUACUGACCGCUAGCCUGGCUCUUGCGGAUAUCAUAUCGUACCUUGCGACAACCAAAGGGUAUCACAUUGGGUUCAAUUAUGCCCUCGUCAAACUGUACGGUAACUCCGUCAUGUCAAGUCUCAAUGCACGCAAAAUCAUCACCGAUGGAUCGUCCAAAGAGUCACCCUACAGUGAACACGACUCAUCGGGAAGGCAAACUGAUAUCCAGCUGGUAUCAACGGGAACUCGUGGGCGACUGCCACAGGCAGUGGUGGUUAGCGUCGAGCGACAUGAGGUGACUGACGUAGCUGUGCCGACAUUCAAGCAUGGAGUCGACUGGUCGGACGACGUGCAUCAUGAUAUCAAGGGCGACUUCAAGAACGACGUAGUAUAA